ACUCUGUCACAAACAUUUAAUGGUGUUUUUUGGCAACUCUAUUAAUUUACCCUUCCAUUUCCUUUCUCUUCCUCCAUCUCUUCUUACUCUCAUUUAUUGCUUUUGCUUGUCCUUUCUCUUUCCUUCUCUACUUUCUCUUUCUUAUUCAAUGCUAUUUCCCCUCCUUUUUGAUUUCUUUCUUUUUUCAAAAAAAAAAAAAUCUCUGUUUUUCUCCUGCUUUCUCCUCUGUUCUUUUUCUCUCUCUCAAAAUCAUUUCCUUGUGCAUUCAAUUCUUAUUACCCCGAAAUUUUUAUAUGAAUAUAUUAUAAUAAAUAUUUAAAUUUUCUGUGAUGAUUUAAAUGAUGUAAUAUCGUAAUAGCAAAUAGUAUCAUUAAAUGCAAGAGGGUUUCUCUGUUUUUGUUUGCAGAAAACAGAGUAUCAGCUUGAAACUGGCUGAUCGUACAAUUUCUCUCUCUUACACUUACAAUUAUUUCUUCGAAUUCCCAAGAUAGAUAUUGCCCACCUCCACUUUUCCCUAUUUUUCUUUAUAUAUACCUUUAAUUUAUCUCUUUGCCAAUUUAUAUCUCAACUUUUUCUGGGAUUUUCUUGCUUUUUCAGACCAAAUCAAAACUGGGUUUUUCUUCUUUUAUUGAGAUUUGAAUGGAAAUAUUUCAACUUUAACUUCAAAUUUAAAGUUUAUGUCUCUUUUUCUUCACUUAAGUUUGAAGCUUUUCAUUGCAAGAGACCUCAAUUCCAAGUCUAUAUCUUUAUUUUGGGUGAAAUGAAAGAUGGGUUUUGUUUGUUUUGUUGAAAAUUUCAUUUUUAAUAAAAUGUUUCAAGUUUGAUGAUUGAUAGUUUUGUGAUUCAUGUUACAAAAUUCAAUUCAAAUUUAUUUUUUUGGGUAAAAUGAUUGAUGGAUCUUUUUAUUGUAAGAAUAUUAUGUAUUUGAAUGAAAAUUUUAAACUAAAGUCCUAAGUAGUGUUGUUUUCUUUGUUAGAGACUUAAUUCAUAUCUUUUUUUUUUUUUUUUUUUUGAUUUGGUGGAGAAAAAUUGAAAAAGAAUGGGAAGAUCUCCUUGUUGUGACAAGGUAGGAUUGAAGAAAGGGCCAUGGACUUCUGAAGAAGAUGAACUUCUUGUUAAGUAUAUCAACCAACAUGGCCAUGGAAAUUGGCGCUCUCUUCCCAAGAAUGCAGGUCUUCUUCGGUGUGGAAAGAGUUGUCGCCUUCGUUGGACAAAUUAUCUUAGGCCGGACAUUAAACGCUGUCCAUUUACUCUUGAUGAAGAGAAACUUGUCAUUCAGCUACAUGCCAUUCUAGGCAACAGGUGGGCUGCUAUAGCCGCACAACUACCAGGAAGAACCGACAAUGAGAUCAAGAACUUAUGGAACACCCACUUGAAAAAACGGCUUAUAAGCAUGGGCAUCGAUCCUCAAACACACGAACCAUCAAAACCAAUCACAAACCCUCCGGCCUCCCCUUCUACACGCCAUAUGACCCAAUGGGAGAGUGCCCGUCUAGAAGCUGAGGCUCGGCUCUCAACCGAGUCCUUAUUGAGUCACGCACACUCAUCAGUGAUCCUUGAUUCUGACCACUUCCUCCGACUUUGGAACUCUGAAGUCGGAGAAUCAUUUCGAAAAAACAAAAAAAAAGAAAAGAUUGUAUGUCAAAGCCCGAUUUCUCAAGCAUCAACUUCAACUACAAAAUUCGCCUCUACUUCUGGUCUAACAGUGGAAAACCGAGAUGACGAGAGUAUCUGCAAGACCAUAAUCAAAUCCGAAAGUGUUGAUGCAAAUACAAAAUCAGAUUCCUCGAGCUCCAACGAAGUGGAAUAUACAACCGAGUCAGCAUUACAACUACUCUUGGAUUUCCCCGGAAGCAAUGAUAUGAGCUUCUUGCAAGACCCGAUUCAGGAGUUUUCCUCCAUCUUCCAAUCUGUCAUGAGUCAACAAUUGAAUCUCAUCUGAUAUAUCGCGUGUUUUAUGAACUUUUACUGCGGAUUUCCGGGCAAUUUACAUCAAUUUCAGCAGUACAAUAUGGGUUAAUUAGCUAGUAUAGUUGUAGCAUUAUAUUAGUCCUAUUUUUCCAAUCUAUUAAUACAUGUUUUGGUCAGAUCAUGUUUGAUAGGAUGUCUCCUUGAUAGUCUACAUUGAGAGGUUCAUGUUCCCAGAUCUAUUUACUGAUGUCCUGAUUUUGGGAAUUGUAUUGUUGUCUCUUGAAUCAUUGACCAGCUUGAUUGGAAUAUAUGUAUGUAAAUUGUUGAAUUUUUAAUUUAUUGUCCCACCCUUUUCUUUAUCCAUUAAUUAUGGUAGAUGGGAACA